AUGUUAAUAAAACUGAUAAAACUGUUUCAAAAUGAUGAGUCACUCAAAAAUUCCAUGUUUAUACCGUGGAUUUCUACUAGUCAACCUUGUGAAAGUCUUUUCAGAGCAGCCAGAUCCAUCACCUCAACAUUUUCGACAGUUAUUAACUUCAGCAUCCCCGAUUUCAUGUCUAGAAUAGAUCAAAUAUUCUAUAUUAACUCUGUAAUUAAUGAUCUUUGUGACGAGUAUAUUUUUCCCAGAGAGAAGAAGACCUAUGGUAAAAAUGUUGUGCUUUGUUCUGACGAGGAGCUUAAUAAUAUUGAUAUCAACUUAAUUGUGAAUAAAGCUAAAGAAGAUGCUUUUAACAAUAUCAGGGAAUUGGGAAUAAUCCAAGACAAAGAAAUUGCUGAGAAUUUUGACAUUAAAUUUCAAACAGAACCGAACGAGGAGUAUUUCCCAAAUGAAGAAGUCGAUCAAGAAAUCAAUGAUGAAGUUGAGGAUGAUCUUCAUGAAAAUGCUGAGGAAAAUAUUAACGCUUCAGAGAAUUAUUUAUUUAAGUAA